AGUUCAUUGCUUUUGGCGUUCUCUUUGGGCGACCAGCGCAGAGUCGGAGGAGAAAAGGGGGAGAAAGGAAUCGCGAAAAUUUGGGUUUCUAUUCCGGCGGUCGCGUGGCUGGCGGGUUUUCGCUUUCCGGUCCUUUCGGGAAUUGCCGAUGAGACUUGGCCUCGGGAAGGGCUAGGUUUUCAGUCGCCGGAACCCGGUGGGAAGUUACCGGAUUGUGAGCGGCUAUGGCGAGCGAAUUGAAGAUGAGCGCACAACUCGAGCAGAUCGACGGAGAGCUGGCAGAUCACUUCCGCGCUCUCGCAAAUGGCUUUCAGAAAUUGGAUAAGAUUAAAGACCCCAAUAGGCAGAGCAAGCAAUUGGAAGAACUGACUGCAAAAAUGAGGGAGUGCAAGCGUUUGAUAAAAGAAUUUGAUCGUGAGCUCAAAGAGGAAGAAAAUGGGAAUCCUCCUGAAGUGAAUAAACAACUCAAUGAGAAGAAGCAAUCUAUGAUUAAAGAGUUGAAUUCUUAUGUGGCAUUGAGGAAAACGUACAUGAGUAGCCUUGGCAAUAAGAGAAUUGAGCUCUUUGAUAUGGGAGCUGGAAUGAGUGAUCCUGCAGCUGAAAGCAAUGUUAGAAUGGCUUCAGAGAUGUCAAAUCAAGAGCUUAUUGACGUUGGCAGAAAAGCGAUGGAUGAAACUGAUCAGACCAUUGAACGCUCAAAGAAGGUUGUUCAUGAAACUGUUGAGGUUGGAGCCCAGACAGCAGCUACACUAAAGGGCCAAACUGAACAAAUGGGCCGAAUUGUUAAUGAGCUGGACACAAUUAACUUCUCAAUCAAGAAGGCCUCUCAGCUUGUAAAGGAGAUUGGUAGGCAGGUGGCUACAGAUAAAUGCAUCAUGCUGUUUCUGUUCUUGAUUGUUGUUGGUGUUGUAGCUGUAAUCGUAGUGAAGGGGAUGAGCUUUAGCCUUUAGCCAAGCUGAGACCUUACACUUGACAAAGCAAGUGCAGCAGUUCGUCGCAGCGAUAUUAAAGCUGUACAAGAAAAUGCUUAAUGAAGAUUUCUUUAACUAAUGAAGAAUUACAAAGUUGGUUUGAAAUAACCUUCAAGAUGAUCAGGCAAAGAGACAAACGUUGGAUGUAUACCAGUGUGGGCAGAACGGGAAAGCUCAAAUUUGUCCCUCAUAUGAAGAAAAUUUGAUCCAAUGUAACAGAAAAGUUGUCUAUAAUAGGCUUAGUCUUGAUUCCUUGCAACAGAAAAUUUGUCUAUGAUUUGAUGAAGAAGAAUGAGAUAUGAAAGUUACUUUCAUAUACUAAGUGCUGAAAUUAGAUCCAAUGUACUAGUUACCAUGAAAUUUAGUAGUUAAAAAAAUAAAAUUUUAAGUUUAAAGUAAUAGAAAAGUUAGUUUUUUUUGGAAGGAAGCUCUCAAGUCGUUGAAAAUGCUUACCAACUUUUAUGUAUUUUAAAAUAACAUAUAUUUUAAUUUGAGAAUUUUUUCACAUACUAUGAAUUAGUGCCCCAUAG